AUGGCUGAAAAGGAUGCCCAACUCGCUGAUGAGUUCUUGAGGCAACUAGAUGCUAAGGCCUCUAGUACCGUUUUCGACAGUCCCCAUCGGUGCUCUAGGACUGCCGACCGGAAGAGGAAUCAUGGGAGAAAACGAUCAUCGACCACUCGGCCGAGUAGUUUACAAUCCCUCACCUUGGAAGUGGAGACCAUCGAUGAGAAAAUCUCGGAGGCUCGGAAGAUGGGCCUCCUGAGCGAUCCAAAUGUUGGGAAAGCCACCGCUGCUGGUCCUCCCGACGUGUUAGUGAAUCUGACUAGGGACAGAAGCUUGACCACGCCCAACAGCGCCAACUACCUUAUGACGCCUCCAAGCCUUAUGGACUCUCCUACACCGGUCCUCCUUCAUGCCAAGGUCAUUCGUUUCCUAUGGGCAUGGAUUCCCCUGGGGAGUUACAGACUCACUUACUACCCCGCUGGGAAAUUUCUCCCAUCCUCUCAGUUGACUCCUGUGCGGUUCAGUCCGCUCUGGGGACAGCAAAAUGAUGCUGCCUCCGAAGGCGUCAUGGUCACAGAAAGCUACCCGUCGUUUGGCAUCGACAGGUUGACAUCUUCUGGCGCGCCCUCAGAAUUCUACCGAGGGGAACAUACGACAUUCGUGGCUCGGCGGCGUCCCUUGUCACUCUCCGCUCAAACAGUUCUGGGUGUUCCCCUCGUCUCAGCAGUGUACAAACAAUGUGUUGAAUGUGGAGGUUGUAACCCGUCUAAUCCUGAUGGACGAUUAGUCUAUCCUGAUCCAGCGUGCUAUGACUACUAUAUCGAUUGGAUACCAGGUGCCACAACAGACGGCAGUGGUCAUCUACCGACCCCUCAAACUCGUCCAUGGUUUCCAGUCCCAACCUCGCCGCCGGCUCAGCUGGCAACUUGA